CGGCGAGCUCGAGGGACAGGCGGCCGCCCUGGGCCGCCGCACCGCAGCGCUGCACCGCCGCCUCGACGCCCUGCACGCCGCCACCGCGCGCCUCGACCACCGCCGAGUGAAAAUCCAAGCAAUCUUUCUGCAGAAUGCCCUGCCUGACUCUCAGUAUUGUCUGAACAAGUAGGAAGGAGCAGUUUCAUUGAAAGGACCUGGAACGAUUUUUAAAAACGAGCUUUUUGUUGGCUGGACUGUCCUUUGUCUAUAGUUGAUCCUGAUGUGAAAGAAGAUGAAAAAGGAAGGCUCUUCAGGUUCCUUCAGACUCAAGUCAAACCCAGGUUCCCUCUCACGUGCUGUGAGUUGGAUAAAUUUCUCCUCCUUGUCCAGGCAGACAAAGAGGCUGUUUCGCAGUGAUGGAGAGCUCUCGGUUUGUGGGCAGCAGGUGGAAGCGGAUGAUGAAAACUGGACCUACAGAAUCCAGCCCAGAAAAGCUGUUUCCAACCUAGAUGAGGAGAGUCGAUGGACAGUCCACUACACUGCUCCAUGGCACCAGCAGGAGAAUGUGUUCCUUCCCACCACAAGACCCCCCUGCGUAGAGGACCUGCACCGCCAAGCCAAGCUCAACCUCAAAUCAGUAUUGAGGGAAUGUGAUAAGCUGCGGCGGGAUGGCUACCGGAGUUCUCAGUACUACUCCCAGGGACCCACCUUUGCAGCCAACUCCAGUCCAUUCUGCGAUGAUUAUCAAGAUGAGGAUGAAGAACCAGAUCCAAAGUGUUCUAUCUCUUCGUCGGAAGAGGAAAGACUUUCUACCAGGACACCUAAAACGCCAACCUCAAGUGAAUUCUCUGACCUUAGUACUCAAACCAACUGGACCAAACCACUUCCCUUGCCAACACCAGAAGAGAAGAUGCGACAGCAGGCCCAAACAGUCCAGGCUGAUGUAGUUCCUAUUAACAUAACUGGGGAGAAUUUCGAUCGCCAGGCCAGCCUUCGGCGGUCUCUAAUUUACACAGACACUCUGGUAAGACGACCGAAGAAAGUCAAAAGGAGAAAGACUAUUACAGGAGUCCCUGACAGCAUACAGAAGGAGCUAGCUUCGGGGGGCACUGGCCAAGAUGCUGUUGGUGGCCACUCAGUGGACACCCCAGACCACUACUCUACGCUCGGAAGGCUCGAUAGCUAUCGAUCUGCUGGGCAGCGCUCAGAAACCAGGGAUUCCAGCUGUCAGACUGAGGAAGUGAAAAUCCUACCACCUUCGAUGAGAAGAAUCAGGGCGCAGAAGGGGCAAGGCAUUGCGGCCCAGAUGAGUCACUUCCCAGGCUCCUCUGGGAACAUGUCUGUGCUGAGUGACUCUGUGGGCGUCGUGUUCCCUUCUCGCCUCAACAGUGACGCUGGUUUCCACAGUCUCCCCCGGUCUGGAGCGAGGACAAACGUUCAGUCCCUGGAGCCACGGCUGGGUGCCCUGCGCCCUGCAGAAGACGCAGACGAAACUCUCGCCUACCAGAGGGGUCACCUGCAAGUAGACGAAGACUUCGGACAUCUAGGAGCUGCCCCAGGGACUGGAACACUUUUGAGGCCCAAAUCCCAGGAGCUGGGGCACUUGGAGGGUGAAAACGUAACAAGCCCGGCGUGUGUAGUCUCUCCUCACGCGACCUACUCCGCCACCCUCAUCCCAAAUGCCACGCUCUCCUCCUCUUCAGAGGUUAUUGUGAUUCACACUGCUCAGAGCUUAGGGCAGCUGGACGGUGAAAUUACCAGUUCAUCUUCAUACACAAAGAUAAAAUCCAGAGACCACUUCCUCUCCCGGCAGAAAGAUGGUCAUCCUUCUCCCCGUGGUAACUGGACUGAGGGGCACGCCACCAUUUUUUCACAGGUCUCAGACCCUCAUUCGUCCAGUGCAACCACUCUGGUGUCCCUCUGCGAUUCUGCGGUCUCUCUAAAUACGCCCGCAAAUCGGGAGAAUGGGUCCCAGGCCACGGCCUAUAAUUGUAGAAACAACCGGAGCUUCCCGGUCCACCCCCAGGAUCUGAACAGCAAGAGUGAGUCCAGUUAUUCCGGAGGCAGGGGACACGGCGGCAGCGCGGAGCCCUGGGAAUACAGUGCCUCGGGUAGUGGGCGUGCGUCCCCACGGAAGCCACAUCUGGCAACUCCUGGUUACUCCACUCCUGUAAGUAACAUGAGCAGUGGCAGUUUGGACCAGACGUCCAACAACGGUGAUGCCAGGGCCGUGUAUGCAGAGGACCACGAUGGCUACUACACUUCUCGGCACACCAACUCUGGACACGGACCUGGGCAUCUGUACAAUAGCAGCGAUGGCUUUGGGAACCCGAGGCACAGCGUGGUCAAUAUUUUUGAUGGAAGAGCGCGGAAGAACCAAGGGGACCGGUCGAAUUGCCGAGACAAAAACCUUUCUCGAAACAUCUCUCUGAAGAAAGCGAAGAAGCCUCCCCUGCCACCCUCUCGGACAGACUCUCUGCGCAGGAUUCCCAAGAAGAGCGUCCAGUCGAACGGGCAGGUGCUGAACGAGAGCCUGAUCGCCUCGCUCCAGCAUUCGCUGCAGCUGAAACUGCCGGGCAAGGGCGGCAGCUCUCCCUCCCAGAGCCUGUGCAGUGACUUCGAAGAGCCCUGGCUGCCCCGCUCCCGCAGCCAGAGCACAGUGAGCGCGGGCAGCAGCCUGACCUCCGCCACCACCCCCAACGUCUACGCCCUGUCCGGGGUCACACCGGCACAGAGCGACACGAGCAGCGUCAAGUCCGAGUACACAGACCCGUGGGGUUACUACAUUGACUACACGGGCGUGCAGGAGGACCCGGGGAACCCAGGCGGGGCGGGUCCAGCCGGCAGCGCAGCGUUGCCCGGAAACGGGCCAGGCCGCCAUCUCCCGGAGGGGUCCAGGGCCGCGGUAGCCCCGGUGGCCGAUGGCGCAGUCAAACCAAAGAUCACAUCGCCGGAGAAGUCACACAGGGUCACUUCUCCAUCCAGUGGGUAUUCCAGCCAGUCGAACACACCCACAACUCUCACCCCUGUGCCUGUGUUUUUAAAGUCAGUGUCACCAGCCAAUGGGAAGGGGAAGCCCAAGCCCAAGGUGCCAGAAAGGAAGUCCUCUCUGGUAUCUUCGGUAUCCAUCUCCUCCUCGUCCACGUCGCUUUCCUCCAACACUUCUACGGAAGGCAGCGGAACUAUGAAGAGGCUGGAUUCGGUGCUGGCGACUCCCCUUGCUGCUCCUCCUCUCCCCUCUCUCCCAUCUCCUUGUCCCAGUGACAAGUCUCCUUUCCUCCCUCCUCCCCCUCCACUGGCAGAUUUCCCCGAGGGCUCGCCUCUGCCCGGCUCUCCCCUCUUCCCCUCGCCACCACCGGAAGUUCUCACUCCCUUCUGUCCCCCCACCAACGUCUUCUUUCCUCCGACACCUACAGCACUUAGCCCCUUUCUUCUGGACUCACCUGCUUCCCUGCCACCUCUACCACCUGCCUUACCCCCCUCGGUACCCCCGCCUGCCCCACCGCUUGACCCCAAAUUGAUGAAAGAUGCCAGGCCUUCUUUCAGAAAAGCUGGCCAGCCAGAGCCCUCCCGGGAGGCCUGCAGGCAGCCUUCCACCAAGGAGGAGGGCGGUAGACCCCCCAUGCCCCUGAUCACCACGGAGGCGUUGCAGAUGGUGCAGUUGCGGCCGGUGAGGAAGAACUCAGGAACCGAGGUAGCACUGUUCCGUGAACAUGCAUCUCAGGAAAAACGAACUCCGGUUGUUCCCCAGUAUCAUUUAAAGCCAUCUGCUCUCCUGAAAUCCCGAAAUAGCAUAAAUGAAAUGGAGAGUGAAAGCCAGCCUGCCUCCGCGACAAGCUCGCUCCCGACUCCUGCCAAGAGCUCGACUCAGGGUCGCCAGGACAGUGUAGCCGAGCGUGGCCUCCCGAGCCGCAGCCCGGGCCGCGCCGGGGAGGCAGAGGCCGGGCCCGGGACCGCCCCGCCCCAUGAGCCACCCGGCCCGUUGCCCAGCAGGAAGCCCCCCCCUGUUUCCAAGAAGCCCAAACUGUUUCUGGUGGUGCCACCUCCGCACAGAGAUUUCACGGCGGAGCCCGCAGAGAACGUGAGCAAAGCGUCGCCCAGCCCCACGAGAGGAGAGGCACGAGAGAGGUGUGCAGCCGGGGCUGGUUCCGAUGAGACCGACUCUGGCAUCUCGGUUCUUGCGGGAGGAGCUGCAAGAUCUGAGUCCCCGGGCAGAGUGGAAGCCAAUGUCCCCAUGGUGCAGCCCGAUGCCUCGCCAGCCCCCUCGCGGGAGGAGCCGGGCGCCGAGAGCAGUGCGGACGCCGGGGACAACGUGGAGAGCUGUUUGUCUCCGCAGGACCCAGGGCCUGGGGUACCGGAGGCUGACACAGCCGGUUCUUCCUCAGAGGCCUGUGACUUCUGUAAGGAAGAUGGGAGUGAUGAGGUGAUGACCCCCAGUAGACCCCGGACCACGGAAGACCUUUUUGCAGCUAUUCACAGUGGCUUCUUUUUGGCCAGAAGCACAAAGAGGACCCUGGGAGCACCAAGCCCAGGGCAGCCAUCACGGGCCCAUCCUCCCCUGUGGCUCGAUGUGCAGGACAGGUCUAAGAGGAAAGUCCUUGGCCGUAAAGAUUCCGAUGAUGAUCACUCCCGAAACCAUUCUCCCUCCCCGCCAGUGACACCCACUGGCGCUGCCCCCAGCCUGGCCUCCCAGAAGCAAGUGGGAUCGAUUCAGAGAAGCAUCCGGAAGAGCAGCACCAGCAGUGACAACUUCAAAGCUCUGCUGCUGAAAAAAGGGAGUCGGUCAGACACCAGUGCCCGCAUGUCCGCAGCCGAGAUGCUCAAGAACACAGACCCCAGAUUCCAGAGGUCAAGGUCGGAGCCUUCGCCAGACACCCCCGAGAGCCCAUCAAGCUGCUCCCCGAGCAAGAACAGAAAGGCCCAGGACGAGUGGGCCAAGAACGAAGGCUCGAUGCCUCGGAGUCUGUCCUUUUCUGGCCCCAGGUACGGCCGCAGCCGAACUCCGCCUUCCGCCGCCAGCAGCCGAUACAGCGUGCGGAACCGGAUCCAGAGCAGCCCCAUGACCGUCAUCUCAGAGGGCGAAGGGGAGGCCACGGAGUCCGUAGACAGCAGGGCUCUCCGGGCCCUGGGCGCUGCGAGGGGACGUUCGCUGGAAGCACUGGCGGGGGAUGGCGGGGGUGAGGGCAGCCUGCUCUGUGCAGGGGAGCCCGCUGCCUCGCGGGGGGCGCAGGCUCCCGGCCCCAUGGAGGGGCGGCCCAGCGCAGAGGGCACGGAUCCAUCAGAACAGCGCGGAGGUCCCCAGAGGGAAGAGAGUUAAGGGCGCGAACCUCCCAGGUGAUGUGGGGAGAUGUGCAGCACGUCGCUCUGGGAAGCCUGACAGGUACCCUUCCCGGCCUUGUCCCUGGAUCCCGCUCAGCAUCUGUGCUGUGGGCCCCGCACGGCCGGCCCCGCGGCGGAAAGGGAGGACUAUUUAGGACUCACUUGGCACUUGCCCUGUGGCUUAAAAGCAAGUAGAAGCUUAACUUCUAAAAGUGCUUCCUGGGGAAGAUUUUUUUUUUUUUUUUUUCCUCUAAAUGCUGGGUGUGUGUGCAGGGAUGUGUAUGUGUGUGCAUUUGGAACACUUAUUAUGUUAAAAAAAAAUACAAGCAGCAUGUACAGAAAUAGGAGAGACAGCGUUAAGCUAGGUAGAGUAAUGAAGCCUUCUGAGCAAGGUGGUAACUGCUUUAAAAGUAUUACGUUUACGGAAAUUAGUGAGUUCCAGAAGAAGGGAGAGGACCAUUACUUCUGAGAAAGAGGGGGUAGAUUUGCUGGUUCUGAGCGCACAGAACGGCUGGGGAUGUGCACAGGUGUGCUUUCAAGGGGAGCCGUGUAGUGGUUACCCCAAAAAGUUGGUAAGGGGCUAAGUGACUCAUCGGUUCAGGUACUUUUUUCUGGGGAAAAAAGGCUUUGUUUCUUUUUUGUAAAAAUGACAGAUACGUGGACAUGGCAACGCCGUAACUCGGAGUCUGCUGCUGUGCAGCCACGGACACACAACUUCUAGCCUGGUUUGUAGAAAUGUAGGUAAUUUUUUAAUGACUUUCCUCCUUGAGCAGCAGCUGAGACCUCCUUGGAGAGCUGAAAUGACAGUGGCACAUACAGAGAGGGUAACAGAGAUGAGAGAAGGGGAGAGGAGUAAGUGAUACACUGCUGGAAUUUGUUUCCUGCUUAUUAAAUAAAAUUAUUUUUCAGAAUUAAAUUUUAAAACUUGCACUACAGAACUGUGGGUGGAGCCUUUCCUUUUACAACUUUUUUUUUUUUUUUAAACCAGAGUUUAAACUUCCAUUUGGCAAUUUCUUAUCACUUGAAACGUCAACAUUUGCUAACUUUUGGAUAUCCUUUUGGUUACACCAAAGAAAAAGUUAAUGCUAUUUUUCCUUGAACUGCCUGCCGUAUCAUGUCCUCAUUUAGAAAGGUUUAUCAAAACCUAUUACAUAUUAUCUUACUUUGAAGAAAAUGCUGAAUAGCUUUUUUUGGUCAAAUAAACUGAUAAAAAUUGGCAGGCCUUGGCUCUUAAUCAGCCCUGGGAAAUGAAUUUUUAGAUUAAAAAGAUUUUUUGCAUCAUUUGGUUUGUGUGUUUUUAUAUUUUUUACAAAUAAUUGAGUUCACUAAUUACCUUCUAAUCUUCUCUGGUUAGAAUUUUAACACUUUUAGACAUGGAAGAAGAGUGUGUAAAGUAUUUAUUUUUAUGUGAUAUUCUUGUGACCGCUUCCAACUGCCAUGUACAUAGACUCCUUUAUUUGUUGGUUAAAUAAAAUCAGAGUCUUGUCUUCUUCAUCAGAAGGACUUAAGAUGAGAGUACUGAGAUUAUUAGCCUAAAUACAAUGCAGCUGCCAAUUAUCAUCUUUUUUGGUAUGAAAAUAUCAUCUAAAAGUUGGACUGCACAGGCCCAAUCAUCAUAACGUUUAUACAAUAAAACAUUAGGUACCCAUUUUAGACACGUCUUUGAGACAAAAACAAAUCUAAAGAAUUGAGACUCCUUCCGUCCUCUGAAGAAAACAAAACACGUCUUUUCACACAACCAGAAAUCAAGACCUGACAUUUGGCCAAGAGCAAAAGGACUUUCUACCACUUGGAGCAAGUGUCUGCUACAUUGGGCACAAGAAUCUUUUCUCCUAAAUUUUAGAAAAGUGGCAUUGGCUUUUGAAUAUGAAAUCUUUUCAUAGCUACCUAAAAAGGAUGAGAAUGUACGUGGAUAUCAGAAAACAAAUUUAAUAUAUAAAUCAUUUAUGUUGAAGGUAAGAUAAGCACCCUCAAAACUAAUUAUAAAGCUUUUUUAAAAAUCUCCAUUUUUAAAGAAAAAAUAUAUUAAGUUUUUUAAUUUGCUUUGAA